AUGGCCAAAACCGGGCGUGCAGGUUGUCAAAACACGGCAUGCAAGAAAGCGGGAGUUAAGAUUCAAAAGGGCGAAUUUAGGAUGGGGACUCUCGUGACUAUCCAUGAACACACAUCAUGGAUGUGGAAGCAUUGGGGAUGCGUCACGCCUGCUCAAAUCAAGAAGCUCCAAGAUCAAGUCGGCCCGCUUGAGGAUUUAGACGAUCUCGAUGCCGACCUUGAUCGCAUUAUCGAUGGCUACGACGAGAUUGACGACGAAUCGCGUGAAAAGAUCAAGUUUGCAUUGGAGCAUGGCCAUGUCGCCGAUGAAGACUGGAACGGCGAACCCGAAUAUAACCGUCCAGGAAUGAAAGGCAUCAACAGACGCACUCCGAAGAAGAAGGAAGUUGAGGAUGACGAGGGCGUUGCUGCAGAAAAUGAGCAGACUCGCUCAAAGUCCAAAGCGAAGCGAGGACGAGGCAAGAAACCCAAGGUUGAAUCAGAGGAUGAAGAAGACAUGCCAGUAUCGCCGGCAGCCAAGAAGAAAGCGGCACGUCGCAGAAUCAAAGAUGAAGAUGAAGACGGCCAGCCUAACGAGUCGGCGCCUCCAAAGCAGGCCGGAGGAAGGAAACGCAAAGUCGCUGUGAAGGAGGAAGAGAGUGAAGCAGAAGAAGAAGCUCAGCAACCGGCCAAGAGGUCACGCACCAAGAAGGUAAACGCUAAGGAAGGGGAGGAGGAACCGGUGGAACCGGUCAAGCGAGAGAGACACCGAAAGAUGAACAAAGCAUCUCGGGAUGUCGAUGAAGAUGAUGGUGUCAAGCCACAAAUUCAACAGAGCGACGAUGGCGUCGAGGCUCCCGUCCAAAAAAGCCAAGUCACCGCCAAACGUGAACGAACUAGACCUGGUCGCAAAGGAAAAGCUACUCAGCGCGAAGAGCCUCAGGAUGCAGAUGAAGAUGCGGACCACCCUCCGAUCAAAGCUCAGACAAAACCCGAUGGAGAUGUCGAGACAAAGGAUGAGGCCCACGCUAAAAACACCCCCGCUGCGAUCCCAGAAGGCUACAUCGGUGCUCUUCGUCAAGAUGAUCUGAAUGCUGGUCGAACAACUAUGGUAGCGGCGGAUACCAACAUGGAAGAAGGCGAUAUCGGUGAAGGCCAAGCAGAAGCAGCGGAGCAUGCAGAAGAAACCAAGGGAAAGACGACCAAAGGCACCAAAGGCAAAACCGGCAGAGCCAAGAAGAUUGCUAAGGGCCGAGCCAAAUGA